GCGAGGGGCUCCGCAUUUGGCCGAGUGUCCGUGCUGCUGUUGCUGCUGAAAAUGUCGCCUGUCAUCCUUCGCUUCUAAGCCUCGCUCCUCUCCAGUUACAUGUUGUGAGCCGUUUUUGAUUACUUGCACUUUUCUCUCUCGUUUAAUUUUCUUGGUUUCACCGGUCGGUAGCUACAGCAGUCUCUGACCGUGCUGCAAAUCCGUGGUGCCCAAUCGGUGUGUGCUCAGUCAUGAAUCUGAUGCAGACCGAGUAACAGGCAAGGCAUGGAGCGAACACGGGUCGCUAAGGUUGAAGAUGUGACCUUGGCGCGCCGAGGCGAGCAAGUGGUCGGCACUCUCCACCUCACCCCUCACCAUAUCAUCUUUUCCCACACUCCUCCUCCCUCCUCCACCGACACGUCUCAGGCUCCGGGCCCUUCUGGCCGGCCUAAAGAGCUCUGGAUUACAUACCCCAUAAUCUCCUUGUGCACCUGCCGCCCCACCCCCGCCGCAUCCCGCCAGCCGUCCUCCAUUCGUCUCCGGUGCCGCGAUUUCACCUUUGUCUGCUUUUAUUUCACCACGGAGAGCAAGGCGCGUGAUGUAUAUGAGACCAUCAAAUGCUGGACCUGUAAAGUGGGCCGCAUUGAUAAGCUGUAUGCGUUCUCGUACCGCCCUCCCCCUCCUGAACUGAAAUUCAAUGGCUGGGAGCUGUACAAUCCUAGCAAAGAAUGGGCUAGACAAGGCGUCGAUCAGGCUGGUUCUGGCUGGCGUGUAUCUCAGCUGAAUGCAGAUUACGGGUUUUCUGCCACAUACCCGGCUCUACUACCGGUUCCCUCUGCCAUCUCCGACAAUACACUGAAUCACGCUGGAAAAUAUCGGUCUCGAGCGAGAGUGCCGGUUCUUACAUACCUUCAUCCGGUGAACAAUUGCUCCAUCACACGGAGCUCACAGCCUCUUGUGGGUGUGCGUCAAAACCGAAGUAUCCAAGACGAAGCGUUGCUAGCAGCCAUAUUCUCAACCUCACGCUCAGAGAGACCUCUUGCAAGCUUCACCCCGCCUGGCUUCGAUUCGGAUUCCUCCAAUUCGACCUCAGAAAACGCCUCACGCAGUCAUAUGCUGGCUGAUCUGACUGUCCCUGAUGACUUGGAAGCUGAGAUGUUGACGUCCGUCCGCGGGGAUCCGGAGGAAAAGCCCCAAAUUUAUGGCGCCCAACAGCACAAUCUCAUUGUUGAUGCUCGUCCUACGGUCAAUGCCUUCGCCAUGCAAGCUGUUGGACUUGGAUCGGAAAACAUGGACAACUACAAGUUUGCCACGAAGGCUUACCUUGGAAUUGACAAUAUCCAUGUGAUGAGAGACUCAUUGAGCAAGGUGAUUGAUGCGCUCAAGGAUUCGGAUGUAACUCCACUGGGCCCCAAUAAAGACCAGCUUGCACGGAGUGGAUGGCUAAAGCACAUUUCCGGAAUUCUAGACGGUGCUCGGUUGAUUGCUCGGCAGGUUGGGCUUCAACAUUCGCACGUCUUGAUUCACUGUUCAGAUGGAUGGGAUCGUACGAGUCAGUUGAGUGCACUGAGCCAAAUCUGCCUCGAUCCUUACUAUAGGACGAUGGAAGGCUUUAUGGUACUGGUGGAGAAAGAUUGGCUUUCUUUCGGUCACAUGUUCAGACACAGAUCAGGCCAUCUGAACAGUGAAAAGUGGUUCCAGAUAGAGAACGAGCGAAUUGGAGGAGAUUCUAACCGUGGAUUCGGCGAAGGCGGUGGUGCAGGCAGAGCCCUUGAGAAUGCUUUCUUAAGUGCCAAGGGGUUCUUCAACAGGGAUAAUAACAGCCGCGAUGCACUUGCCGAAUCGGACGGCGAGAUGCAAAGCUACGACGCAGAAAAUAUGAAGAAGCCUAACAAUGCUAUACCCAGAACUGCAGCCGCCGAAAAGGAAGUCACCAAGGUGAAGGAGACGAGUCCAGUCUUCCAUCAGUUCCUUGACGCAACCUAUCAGUUGCUAUACCAAUAUCCUACCCGAUUCGAAUUCAACGAGCGGUUCCUGCGCCGGCUCUUAUACCACCUCUAUUCAUGCCAAUUUGGAACCUUUCUCUUCAACAGUGAGAAGGAACGCGCAGAUUGGAACGCGAAGGAACGAACUCGGAGCGUGUGGGACUACUUUCUGGCGAGGAGGGAGCAGUUUACCAACCCACAGUAUGAGCCUCAGAUCGACGACCAUAAGCGUGGGCAAGAACGACUGAUCUUCCCCCGAAUCAACGAGGUCAGAUGGUGGAGUGAGUCGUUUGGUCGAACCGAUGCGGAGAUGAACGGCGUGCGAUCCUCUGGUUCUAGGCCGCCCAAUGGGCGUGACGCCACUAGUACUCAGCCGUCGCCAGUGUUGACCGGCAUUGAAACCGCCAACCAUUCUCUCGGCGCUGGAUCGUCUGGGAAAGAUGCCUUGAAUGCGGCCUCCACUGGAAUGGCGGCAGUAACCGCAGGAAUCUCGAACUUAGCCUUCUCUAAGAGCAAAGAGGACGGGCAGGAUUCUAAGAGCAUAAAUCGCAUGGAGAUGGAGAUGCAGUAACUCCAUGCAACGAGAUCUCUGAUGAUGAUGUGAUGGAGAAGAACGAGAGAAAGAGUCUGGUUACAAGAUAGUGGAUCUACGCUGAUUUAUGGUGGGCGAUUUGAGUAUGUCGGGUUCGAGCAAGACAGUUCGUAUCAUCUCUGCGAUGUAUGCUUGUGGAUCUAGUGCGUGCUUGGGACGUUGCAUCUCGGGGGAGGUAGAAUACAGUUUACAGACAGAGCGAGAGACAGAGAGAAGUUAAUGAUUCAAUGAAUACAAAAGAGCGGGAACCAGCAGAAUGCAUACAGAUGCUGGAUUAGGGAUAUGGGCUUUGAUUGUCAGUUCCAGUUUGUGAUCUUGGAUUGAGUUCCAUAGUUACUGUAACUAGAACCACUAGAAACAAUGAUAAGUAAUGCC